AUGGCCAACAAGCUAGAAGUAUCAAAUCGUGUACUUGUGUUUUACAUGAGCUACCUUCAUGAAGUCUUGAAGAAGUGUAAGAUGGUGGAUAUGGUUGCCUUUGUCGAUCCUGAUCAUAUUGGUACACUUGGGUGUGGAAAUCCCACUGAAAGUGCUUGGUCUUUGUCAGAUCGGUAUAGGCAAGGGAGGUUAGGGCAAAUCUUUGUGGUUCCAUAUAACUUGGGUGCUCAUUGGAUGUUGACGGUUGUGAACCUAAAUGAAGAAGUCGUGCACUUCAUGGAUUCACUUAAAAGGCGACUCGAUACUGGGGAAUGGAAAUCUAUUGUCAACAACUUCAUUAAAAUCUAUAAUGCCCACAAGAAUCGGAAAGGAAGGAAAGGUAUUCUGGAGCAAAAAAAUGACAAGACUUGUGGAUAUUUCAUUAUGCGUUACAUGAAAGAAAUUGUGGAGGACAAGAACUUGGAUUUUAGCAUUAAGUGGGGAACGGGGUCAAAUUUGGUUUACACAGACAAAGAUAUUGAUGAGAUCCGAGCGGAAUGGGCUAAGCAUGUUUUGAAGUUCCCAGAAAAUUAA